AUGUACUUCACUCAGUCUUCCGUUGUUGCUUUCAGCCUUUUGGCUUCUUCUUCGCUCGUGGCUGGCCACGGUGCCAUCAUCGGUGCUACCGGAGACAUGGGUGGCAAGGGUUCUGCCAUCGGUGUUGUUCCCACUACUCCUCGUGACGGAACCAACCGCAACCCCUUCCAGCAGGACUCUACUCGCUUCCGUGGCGAUGCCGCAGCUACCUGCGGUGAGACUCUUGGUGGAGGUGCCAACGCCGUCGAGGCAGGAACUGCACAGGUUAUGCAGCUCAACGGUGCCACCCUUCCCCAGGUCUCUGCUGGUGGUCAGAUCAUGAUGACUGUUCACCAAGUCAACUCCGACGGUGCUGGCCCAUACAAGUGCAUGAUGGAUCCUUCUGGCACAGGCACAAACUGGCAGCCCAUCACUGUCACUCAGAACCUUCCUGGUAACGACCGCGGACGCAACAAGGACACUCAGAUGCAGGACCUGCCUCUUACUGCCUCCAUUCCCGCCGGCAUGACUUGCACAGGAACUGUCGCUGGUCAGAGCAACGUCUGCAUGGUCCGGUGCGAGAACCCCGCUCGUGCGGGUCCUUUCGGUGGUUGUGUUCCUGUCCAGAUGGCCGGUGCUGCUGGUGCUGCUGGUGCUGCUGGUGCUGCUGGUGCUGCUGGUGCUGCCGGUGCUGCCGGUGCUGCCGGUGCUGCGGCGCCUGCUGCUUCUGCCCCUGCGACCGCCGCAAACCCUGCUGCUGGAGCCAAUGCCGCCGCCGGAGCCAACGCUGCUGCCGCCGGAAACGCUGCAAACGCCGCACAGGCUGUGGCACCUGUCGCCAACGGCCAGGCCGCUCAGCAAGCCCAGACUCCUCAGGCAUCUGUUAACACCGGUGCCACCACCGGCCAAGUCGCCCAGCCCGCAGGAAACGCGAACGCUGGACUUGCUCAGACCCCUCAGGCUGCCAACACCGGAGCAACAUCGAACACCGCAGCUGCUCCCCAAGCUGUAGCACCGAUUGCCGGCGCCGCAGCCCGCAAGCGCGCUGCUCUCCGCAACUCGCAGCCUCAGCUCACCAACGACGACCAGGAGGAGGAGGUCGACUUCCUCGACAACUAA